GUUCAAUAUCACUAUAGGCAGGAGUUUUAGCAAUUCAGAAAUUUCCCUGACCGACGAAGACGAGUCGGUUCAAGACGCACCACUGUCGGCCACUGAGAGUCACGAUGAACCUGACCUAUAUGAUGAAUGGGCACGCCUUGGUACAGACGGACCAAGGCCUAGCUAUUUCGCCGGAAGCACGCCCGCAAGAUUUCGAUCACCGAGUUCAGAACCGUCCCGGUCCGUACCAAACCUCAAUCCUGGCAAUGACUGGUUGAUAUGUUCCGGCGACAGAGACAAAGACAUUACCGUUCAUCUCAACCUUGAUGCGGGCCUGGAUAUAAGCCAUGAUUUGGAGCGCCUGGCUCGACUAAGCCGACUGGGCUAUUUUCACCAAGCAAUCCGGAUGUUUGAGGAACGUCUCGCCCCCCACGUCGAUUUCUUCCCCGUCGUGGGCGAAUACACAGACCUUCUCCUGGAGCAAGGAAGUUUCGGGCAUCUCCAUAAAUUCGUAUCUAGUCGCCUGUCUGACCCUCACGUGAAGUACUCUCGUGAUGAGGUUCUUUUACUGAAGGUCAUCAGAUCUCUUGCGGAGAUCUAUACCAAAGGAGCAGUGAUACCGGCAUUGGAAAUGACUACAAAGGCAAUGAAACAUAUCACAAAGAAACUCAACAGGCAUUCUUCCCCGUUUAGACACCCCACCGGUACUCAGAUCCAAUUGAUGGAGGCCUGCGUGCGCAUCAUCGCAUAUGCGGCCGCACACUCAAACUUCCUUGAGAGUGAACCUUUCCAGUCCCUUUUGUAUUGGUCGUUUCCCGGUGAGAAAAUACCAGAGAGGGAAAGCAAGGACCACGAGCAUCGUGGUGUACCACGCCAUUCAACAUACCCCCGCAUGGUUUCGACCUUGAAUCCCUACCCAUACCACCGCAAAUCUCCGCCCUUUGGCUACCCCCACGCCGCACCAGCUAGGGACAAUGUGCCUCGGCGGGAUUAUCCUCAAAUCGGACCUUGGUAUCGGCUCCUAAUCAAAGGGGGCUUUGUAUGGGAAUCACAUCGACUCUUGCGCGCCAUAUUACCUUUGUUUGGAUGCAAAAAUGAUGGGCAUUUUGUCGACGAUCGUGGUUUCGAGGAAUUCGCCCAGCUCGAUGACAUAUCCAAAGCUGGGGACCUGUUUGUCCAGUCCGAAGCUGCUGCGACGGGUAACGAGCAAGCGCUUUUGACAGAUUUCGCGAAUGCAGCUCUGCUUGCGCGCUUCCUAGAUGAUGAAUCUGCUCGCAAGACUGUCCGUGCGGCCCGUAGUCAAUUUUACAAGAAGGCACAUUCCCUAGCUUCGGCCAUACUUUCAACACACCCGCAUUUGAUUAAAAGCCGACCAUAUCUGGAUUGGGCAUUGUAUGAGAGCACCCGGGGAGUAUCCGCAGGUUCGCCGGUCAAUCAGCAAAGACCGAUUGCAGUGAGAUCGUCGCACGAUAUCUUCAGCGGGUCGCGAUCUUUUCAACGAAACCAGUCGAUAGGAGAGGACGCAGAAGUAACACAGACGCUAAGCGAUACCUUCCGAUACGGGGCCCUCGAUACCAUCUCUGCAAGCGCCAAAGAGCUCGGAGACUAUCAUCUCGAGAAGUCGGUGCUCCAGGAAGUUUACCAACUCUCUCGCGACUUUGACCAAAAGCUUCAGACGGUGCAGACCAUGGCGCGCUUACAUCAUGACACGCUGCAAGAUGCCUCGGGUUACCUACAAUGCUUAGUCGACGAAUUUUGGCUGCUUGAUUCCGGCGAUCCCAGCAGCCGUCAAGGGAUGCGCAAAGACCUUCACCAUCGCCUAGCUGAAGUUAACAGCGUCUUCCCUUGCCGCUUCGAUUACGAUGAAGCAUUGCGUCAUGACACUGCUAUUGUCUUCUUUGACAAUCCAUUGUUGAAGUGGAUGGAAAGGAGAGUUUCACACCUUCUCCUGAAAAGCUUGGGCCAAGAUGUAGAAGCCGAACUAGCGAGGGUGCAACUGCCCAGUGUUGAACGCUCUCUACCGAAACAUAUUUCCUCUCAGUUAAAUGCAGCAGUGCAUCACGAACACAAGACUCAUAAUGAUGCAGCCACUCCAAAAGGGGUGAUAGAGGAGAAAAGCGACCGACCCAGUCGCUGGGAUUCAAUUCGGAAACCAUUUGACCAAACCCAAGCACGUCGUGCGAUCUUACCAGAAAGCUAUCAUACGACAGACGAAGUGGUUGGAAACAUGGAGAAAUUGAUCCAACAGAACCGAAUUAUGCAAAAGAAUAAAAAGAAAGUUGUCGAGCAGUCCGUCGAGAUAGAUCGCAAGUCAAGGGAAGUUGAAAACUACGCGCAAUUGCUGCACGAGGGAAAAUUGGCGGAGUCCGAGAGCGGGCGGAGAAGCGCAGAGAAUAGAGCAAACGCAGGUGGAGAAGCACCUUGGGCGAGGCAGCAGUUACUUACACUGAAGGACCCCAUGGGCCGAAAAUUCCUAUUGCCCUUUGAUCAGUGUCGUACCUUCACGGCAUUUCAGCGCCUUUUGCAGGAGGUCUUACUUGAGGAUGCUAUUCUUUCGCCCCAUGUUCUGAACAGCAAUUAUGAGCUCACUGGCCCUGACGACAGUCCAAUAUCACCCCAGGAUUGGGACUCGGUUGCUCAACCGGGCUCAACAAUCACGAUGUACCCCAAACCCGAAGCCAAUUCGUGGCAGAAACCGUCUCAGACGCUGGAGGAUGAUGGCUCUGAAAGUACGGCUUCUUGGGAAACUGAUACAAAAUCGGCCGACGAGGGUGCUGUAAAAUCCGCUGAACAUCCAACUAUCAAGCAAGAUACGGUUGCCAAGGUCGAUGAUGGAGAAGACUAGUCGAGGAGACGUUUACAACCCACAAUAUGUAUGAUGGUCUUGUUUCAGCGACAGCACUGCCUUUGCUUCUAUGGGCUCCAGCUGUUUGCAC